AUGCGAGCACCAGAAGAGACCUUCACCCUCAUCUCCUCUGACCUGCGGCGCUUCAAGGUUCCCGCUGCUCUACUCUGGACUGCAAGGGGACCAUUGUUGGUCCAAUUUACCGACCCUCUUAUCGAGAACAGUGACGUCCUUCGAGCAUUCCUGGACCUCCUGAUGGGCACUCCGGAGCUCGAUGCCACCUUCUCCACCGAGACGCUCCUCCGACUCGCCCGCUUCCUGGAGAAAUGGGACUGCCCCGACGUCAUGAUCAAGCUCGGAGCUGGCGUAGAGCGCGCCUUCGCCAGCUCAGCCAUGACGCCCGAGAGUGCGUGUGCGAUCGCCGCCGCCCUCGGCGACCUCUCGCUCUGUGAGGACAUAGUAAAGCUGGCGGGGAAGAUGCGCAUUCUCCCAUGGCGCAGCGGAUACCUGCCCGCGAGCUGGGAACGAUUCAUCGAUCCAGCGUACCACGACGCGCUGCUUUGGCGAAGGGACGAGUACAGGACGAGCACGGUGCACCGCCCCCCGCCUCCUUAUGACGUCCGGAUGCUCGCGUUCCAGGAUCUCGGCCGCUCACUUAGGCUCCGCCGACAGCCGACUCUACAGGAGCUUGCGCAGUGCUUCCGAUACAGGGUAGAACGAGCUUUAGCCAGGCAGACUAGCGCGCGACGACUUCUACAUUGGUUACAGGACACGGCCGCCAUAGAGCUGGACGAGCCGGAAGUGCCCCGGCUCGAUGCAUAG